AAACAUACUGAUUAGAUUUCGUAUGUAUAGUACUUCACAAGUCGUCUCAAACCAUAUUUUUCCAAUAAACAUGCUGAAACCUCAAGUGCAUCACCACCACUCAAACUCUACUCAUCAUCACCAAUCCUUACUUUCUCGGCAGUACAACUCGUUUGCUGCUGCCGGAGAUGGGGGCACUUAUUGUGGCGGUAGUGGAAGCACCGUCGCCUUCCUUUCUAUCAAUAAGAAGCCUUUUGAACAACCUACCAAAAGACCCGGUCCUAACUUCCAUGCAACGCGACCAAUUAACUAUCAAGUUAUUAAAGCCGUUGCAGCUGACCAAUCUGGGGCAACGACUAUGACCACGACCACGACCACAACCACGUCCACCACAACCAAGGUGAAAGCCAUAAUAAAAGUUCAGGUAACAAUGGGUGGGCUCUUAGCUAGCAUAGGGCUCACCAAGGGACUUGACGAUAUAACGGAUUUGCUAGGCAAAUCCAUUCUUAUGGAGCUUGUUGCAGCUGAAGUAGACCAUACGACGGGGGAAGCAAAGGAUACAAUCAAGCAAUACGCACACUGGUCGGGGUUAGAUACCCGAGACGUAAAGUAUGUGGCGGAAUUCGAGAUCCCCGAACAAUUUGGGGAGAUUGGAGCCGUACUGAUCGAAAAUGAACAUCACAAAGAGAUGUAUUUGGAGACGAUCGAUAUCCAAGGCUUUCCCAAUGGAAAUCUUACUUUCAAUCCUAACUCUUGGGUUCAUUCCAAGUUUGAUAAUCCUGAAAAACGUAUUUUCUUCACUAACAAGUCAUACCUGCCAUCACAAACACCGAGUGGGAUAAAGCAUUUGCGAGAGAAAGAUCUAUCGAGUCUUCGAGGAGACGAUGUUUCUGAUGAUGGUCCUCGUAAGAAGCACGACAGGAUAUAUGAUUACGAUACGUAUAAUGAUCUGGGCGACCCGGACAAAAAACCCGAAUUCGGACGUCCGGUGCUUGGAACCAAGGACUUGCCUUACCCUAGGCGUUGCAAAACUGGUCGUGGUCGCACUAAAUCAGAUCCUUUAUCAGAGUCAAGGUGCUCUGGUGUUUACGUGCCAAGAGAUGAAGCCUUUUCAGAGUUGAAACAUCUGACGUUCUCGGCUAAAACUAUAUUCUCAGUGAUGCAUGCAGUCGUGCCUUCAUUACAAACAUGCAUGAUUGACAAAGAGCUUGGGUUUCCACAUAUCUCAUCAAUCGACUCUUUGUUCCACAAAGGAAUUCAUUUACCUCAGUUGCAAUCGAAAGGAUUUCUUGGAGAGGCCCUACCCAGGCUUAUGAGAAUGGUUGGAGAUACCCAAAGUCAUGUUUUGCUCUUUGAGACCCCUGAAAUGAUUAAUCGUGAUAAGUUUUUUUGGAUGAAGGAUGAAGAACUUUGUCGACAGACCCUUGCUGGUUUGAACCCAUGUGGCAUUCACUUGGUCGAUGAAUGGCCUCUCCAAAGUAAACUUGACCCUGAGGUGUAUGGGCCGCCCGAAUCAGCAAUUACAAAAGAGAAAGUUGAACAAGUGAUUGGAGGGGUCAUCUCUUUUGAGCAGGCUUUACAGCAGAAAAAGCUCUUCAUUAUAGAUUACCAUGACUUGCUCUUGCCAUAUGUGAACAAAGUUAGAGAAAUCAGUGAUAUAAGAACAACUUUGUAUGGAUCGAGAUUAUUGAUGUUUUUAACUCCAACGGGGACCUUGAGGCCAGUAGCCAUCGAAUUAGUUCGGCCACCUGGUAAUGGGAAACCUCAGUGGAAACAAGCAUUCACUCCUUGUCGUUGGGAUUCAACCGAAGCUUGGCUCUGGAAGUUAGCUAAGGUUCAUUUUCUAGCUCACGACACUGGUAUCCACCAGCUUUAUAGUCACUGGGUGAGAACUCACUGCUGCACCGAGCCAUAUGUAAUUGCAACUAACCGCCAACUUAGCGCAAUGCACCCCAUCUAUAGGCUUUUACACCCCCAUUUCCGCUACACAUUGGAGAUCAAUGCUUUAGCUAGAGAAUCCCUCAUCAACUAUGGAGGUAUCAUUGAGUCAUCCUUUUCUCCUGGGAAGUAUAGUAUAGAAUUGAGUUCGGUCGCAUAUGGUCUACUGUGGCGUUUUGACCAAGAAGGGUUACCAGCAGACCUAAUUCGCAGGGGUAUGGCUGAGGAAGAUCCGAAUUCUCCACAUGGUUUAAAGCUAGCCAUAGAAGAUUAUCCAUAUGCAAACGACGGUUUAGACCUUUGGGACGCGAUUAAAGGCUGGGUUACUGACUAUGUCAAUCAUUACUACCCUGAACAAAAAUUGGUAGCAUCUGAUGUAGAGCUUCAAGCUUGGUGGACAGAGAUUCGAACUGUUGGUCACCAAGACAAGAAAGAUGAACCAUGGUGGCCCGUUCUCGAAACACCAGAAGACCUUAUGAAAAUCCUUACAACAAUGAUAUGGGUAACUUCAGGUCACCAUGCAGCAGUCAACUUUGGCCAAUAUGACUAUGGGGGUUAUGUUCCAGGCCGGUCCACUAUAGCACGUGCCAAAAUGCCAUGUGAAGAUCCGACAGACGAGGAAUGGGAAAUCUUCAAAAAUAAUCCCGAAAAUACCCUUUUGGCUACGUUUCCUUCUCAACUUCAGGCCGCACAAAUUAUGUCGGUUUUGGAUGUGUUAUCGAAUCAUUCACCAGACGAAGAAUAUAUCGGUCAAAAAAUGGAACCAUCAUUUGAGGAAAACCCAAUGAUAAAAGCAUCAUAUGAAAUAUUUGCUGGGAAGUUGAAACAACUGGAAGGAAUCAUUGAUAGUAGGAAUGCUGAUACCCGUUUGAAGAACAGGCAUGGUGUUGGGAUUCCGCCAUAUCAACUUCUAAAGCCUUUCUCGAAACCGGGUGUGACGAGUAUGGGAGUCCCUAACAGUAUUUCCAUCUAAAUCUUUAUGAAUAAAUUUUAGAACUUCAGCUUUGAUUUGCUAGAUAAUUAUGUUAACUAUAUAUAUAUAUAGGUUAAGGUAUUCGUAUAUUUAGAUCCAUAGAUGUAAUAUACAUAAGCUAGAUGAAAUAUAAAUGGUUAUUUGAUACAUUAUACAUA